AUGACAGACCACAUUGAAAUCCUGUCACCUCCACCUAUCAACGCUGAGAAGAAAGAGCAGAUGUACAAAUCAAUUAGGCCGGACGUCCCGGACGAGUUCCAGAACGACCCGUUGUACGCGAAGCCAAGUGAGGAUGAAGGAGCUGCAGCUAAGACAAAAAAUUGGGCUCGCUUAGCGCCUCGUGCUGCAAUGGCAGCGGCGGCCAAGAGGAAUCAAGAAGAGCGUGGAAUGGCGGCCCAAAAGAAGAGAGCGGCACCCAGCAAGAAUGCUGUUGCUAACUCCAAAAAGCGCAAGGCUCCAGUGACGCCUGGCGCUGACGAUGAGUAG